AUGGCUUCCGCAGGAGAUGCUCGACUUAUGAAGUCGACCAAAUUCCCUACCGAGUUCAAUCAAAAGGUUGACAUGCAAAAGGUCAACCUGCAGGUUAUAAAAAAGUUUAUCUCGGAAAUCCUGGGCAGCGAAGACGAUGUCGUAAUUGAGCUGUGCUUCAAUCUUAUCGAAGGACCCAGACAUCCCGAUAUCAAAUCGCUUCAAAUACAGCUUACCGGGUUUCUAGACAAAGAUACUGGGCCAUUCUGCAAGGAGCUAUGGAAAUUGCUAUUGAGUGCUCAAAGUAACCCUCAGGGAGUCCCCAAAGAGCUAUUAGAAGCAAAGAAGCUUGAGCUUAUGCAGGAAAAGAUGGAAGCCGACAGAGCUGCCGAAAAUGCCAGAAAACGUCGCGACGACUCGGACCGCCGUGAUCGAGAAAUUGCAGAAUUGAAGGAUCGAGAUCGUCGAGACCGAGCAAACGAUAGAGGUGAUCGAUCGGGCCGCCGUGGGGAUCGGGCUCCUGAGGGCCGUGGAAGAGGAGGCCAUGGUUGGAGUGCAAAUAGAUCACGUUCUCCCGAGCCUCGGCACCGCGCUUCUGGAGAUUCAUACCGGCGAGACAGCUAUGUCCCCCGAGGUCGGGGUGGCCGAGGGCGCGAUCGCGAUCGUGGCUGGCAGCGGCGACGAAGUCGCUCACCAUCUGGGUCAGCGUCAGAGCGAUCUCGAUCUCCUAGUAGCAGUGCGUCUCGUAGCGAUCGAGGCUCUAGAAGCCCUCCGCGCCGCAAAGGACCACCUGCACGAUUUAGAGACUCGAGAAAGAGAUCUAGAUCUCCUCGCGGCGAUGCUUAUCGACCAAGGCGACAGUCGCGCAAUGGAAGGGAUCGCCGUGAUGCUCGAAAUCGACGCUCACCAUCUUCAGAGCGAGCCUCACCUCCGCCGAAGCGAAGACGGCAAUCUACCUCCAGAAGUCUCUCUGGAGAGCGCAGAAGACGUCACUCGGAUACACCAUCCUCCGUUUCGCGGAGUUCCUCGGUGGCCCGUAGCCGCAGCCCCAAUCACCGUCGUAAUCGAUCCGUCGACAGCGCUGGAUCAAAUUCACACGCGAAACGCCGACAGGAUCGCCGACGAGGUGGUACGACAAAGGAGUUGGAGGAUGAUAACGGACGUGACCGGCGGGGUGAUCGUCGUCAGAAAGAUCAUGGAGCCCCAACCAGGGGCAAGGAAUCUGAAAGGAAGAGACGCAAUAGCUCCUCUCCGCCCUCGUCUCCGUCAAACCGUGGCAAGUCGGCUGAUAUUUUGGAAGAUGAAUCGCGUGCUCCGAAUUCCUAG